GCCCAUAAGUAAUGUAAGAGUCAGCUUGGAAAGCAGAAGAAGGAUAAUGCAAACAUCUCAGGCAGAGAGAAAUAAAAUUUUAACUGAAAAAAUAAUAAAUGAGCCAACGACAAAAUGGACAAAAUAUAAAAAAGAUUCGGAAGAUGAAGCAUUACAACAACUUUAUUGGCUUCGUCCUGAUAUCAAUGGCCAAAGUGUUUGGUUUUUUUCUAUGCUUAAAAAGUCUGCUAAGGGUCGCAUUUUAUAUAAAAAAUCAGAAAAACGUGCAUAUGUAUAUGAUUUAAUUACACAAAACCGAUUUCCAUCUUUUUUGGCUUGGAUAACGGCACUUAAUAACAAACGGUUUUUUAAAAGCAAAAAAUCAGCAUUAGCUACUGUGUUUUUAAAGCCCAAUUGCGAUAAACCAAGUAUUGGGCAGAUAAUAAAAGGGCAAAAUUACAUACUUUAUUUCAAAAAUACUGAAUCCAUCACAUUGUUUUCUAUCAAAAAUAUUUUAACAACAAUGUUAUAUAAUGAUAUAGAUUUGAUGGGUGUAACUUUAACAGAAGGCAAAGGAUUUUUGUGCUUUGUUUUAUUAAGCACAAAUAUAAAGAAGGAACUUUAUAUCAGAAAAGCAUUUAAUGGGAGUCGGGAACCUUUUAAGUGCUCCAUUUUUGUUAGUGGUUUGAAAGUAAGAGAUGAUAUUUUAGAAGCAAAUAGCAUUAGUUAUAAAGUCUCAAUAAUCAAUGAAAUUCUUUCAAUUGUUCGAUUUUUUAAAAUAUCACACGUUUGUAUAGGGCAGUAUACCAGAGGACCGCAAAAUGAUCAUGAAAUAAUUGCAAAUUUGGAAAACAAAGGACUUGAAAAUGAAGCUUACCGCAAGGUUGACUGUACUCUUCUUGUCUUGGAUAAUGACACAUGCGCAAAUUGCAAAACAUUGCAUAACACACUGUACCAAAUUGAAAAACGACACAAAAAUGGCAUCCAAUCUGUUAAAACAUCACAUGCCUUUAAAGAAAUUCUAGUUGAAAUUGUUCAGAAAGCACGAAAGGAGUUAAUUGAAGAUCUUCGUGAUCGUCUAAAGACAAAAUUUGAAGCUGAAGAAGAACAAGCAUCAGAACCAUUAACUAGCAUUGUUCACAAUAUAGUUGAUGAAGUUUUGGACGAAAAACAUGAAAACAUAUCAAAUAUCAUUUUAAAGGAUGAAGCUGAUCAACAUACAGGUUGGCAAGACAAAGUGAUAAAGCGAAUGGUGGCUAGUAUGGAAGCGAAUAGCAUGUGGGGCUAUGCACGCAUUGGCUUUUUCUCACAUGAUUCAUUUAAAAUUCAAAAAGGACUUUUAUGGAGCCAACAUGACAAUAAAUAUGUCAGUUAUAUUGACUUUGAUGAUGAAAAUGUUGAGUUUGAAGCAUUUGGCGAGCAGUCAACUCAAGUGCAUCAAAUUGUAUGGCAUUCAAUAUCACAUCCAUUUAACUUUCCAAUAGCUUAUUUUGGUGUUGAAACGAUAAAUGUCUAUACUUUUAAUAUGACACUUUUCCACUUAGCCGCAAAGCUUGAAUGUGCGGCAAUUCAUACAUAUGGUUCUAUUUGCAAUAGUGCAGAUGAAAAUAGGAGGCAUAUCAAGAGCUUCGAUUGGUUUGCAACAAUUUGGAAAGCGAAUGACAAAGUUGAAGUUCAGUUGUUGAAUAAACUAGGAAAAAAGAGCUCUACACAAGCUUAUCAUAAUGUUUCACAUUCGUCUUUACGACUCCCAAUGCCAGGCAAAAUUAUUUGGAAAAUUAAUGAUCAAUGUGAAGUCCGAAGUACAAUUGACAAUGGAUGGUAUCUUGGUAAAGUACUUACUGAAAUCUCAAUGGAUAAUUAUCUGGACAUCGAAGUUAUAAUUGAGAGUAAUAGAAAAUUUGAAUUUUUUAUAUGGAAAUCACUAUAUUGUGAUAUUCACCCUGUAUAUAAUAAAAAUGAACAUUGGGCAUCGCAUCGUACAAUUAAUCCUGUAACCGGCAAACCAUGGUUUUUUUUAAAUGAUUCAACCCAUGUCUUCAAGAAGUUAAGAAAUAAUGUUUCUAAAAGUCAUAUUAGCAAUGAUGAGAACAAGAAUAUAAGAGAAAUAAUAUUUAAUAGGUGGAAAAUUAGUUGGUGGCAUUUCCGUGGUAUAUACAAUCAUACAACAAAACAUAUGACUGCAAAAGCUACCAAGUUGACAAAGCGACAUAUUUGGCUUACUACUUGGAGCAAAAUGAGAGUAAACCUUGUGGAGCAUACAUUAUCACUUGAUGUUGAAAAAGCGAUGGCAAAUAUUCCAGAGUUAAAUUACAUUUCUCAAGGCACUCAA